AUGGCGGUGGGGACUAACGUGGGACGGGAGGGGGGGUCCUGCAGGGUACCUGUUUGCUACCACUCGGGCCGGGCCGGGCCCAGGGCCCUCUUGGCUGCCUUGGCCUCCAGAGCCAAGACCUUUCCCAGGACCUACGAGAGGUUCCUGCAGAGGAGCUGCCCUCGCCUCUACCUGCUGCACACCACCUUCAGCAGAGGAAUCCAAGCACUGCUUCUGGAAGUCCAAGAAAUCCGAAAAAUCCGAUGGAGAAUGUCCCAGCAGAGCCUGAGGGUGCAGCAGCUCCCGUACCGGGACAUGGAGCGGCUGCGGCAGUUCCGCCGGGACGUGCUCAAGGCUCUUCCCAUCGGGGUUCUGGCCAUCCCGCCCUUCGCCAACUUCCUGGUCAUCGUCCUGAUGUAUUUCUUCCCACGCCAGCUCCUGAUCCGCUACUUCUGGACCCCUGCCCAGCAGGUGGAAUUCCUGGAGACUUAUGACUCCAUCCGGAGAGAUUCCUACCUGGAUGUGGUGCAGAGUUUGGCACUGGCAGCUCGUUCCCUUCCGGAGCGGCGGCUGGGACAGCGCCUGCAGGAGCUCUGCGCCGAGGGGACAGCAGCUCCCUGGUGGCCCCUGCAGGUGCUGAGAGGUUCUCAGCCGUGCGUGGCCGAGCUCUGCGCCCUCCGGAGUUUGUUUUCGGGAUCUUCGCUGGCUCUGAACAAGCUCCAGGUGUCCCACGUGCGAGCCCUGAGCCGGGUCCUGUUCCUCACCACGCACCUCCCGGCGUUUCUCCUGCGGCGGCGCCUGCGGAGCCACGUCCUGGAGAUCGGGCACCUGGACCGGGCGCUGCUGCGGCUCGGGCUGGGCCAGCUCUCCGAGGAGGAGCUGCGGGCGGCUUGUUACCUCCGUGGCCUGAACUCCACUCACCUGGGCCCGGCCGAGUGCCGGGUGUGGCUGCAGCAGUGGCUGGGGCUGUCCUGCAGCCUCCAAGCCUCUGAAGUCUCCCUGCUGGCCAACAGCCUGGUCCUGCUGUCCCUCAACUACCUCCGGGCCAAGGAGUGA